AUGUUUAUUGUAAAUUUUUGUAAAUUUCAGAUGAUUAAAUUCAAUUUUAACAUUCUCAUUUAUUUAAUUAUAUUUUUGAAAAUUCAAUGCGCCGGGAAACUCAUUAACGUUGAAGUGAAAAUUAUAGAUGAUUGGGAAGAGAAACGAGAAUUUAUCUACUUUAAAAAUGCUGAAAUAAAGGAUCGUUUUGCGGUCAAAGCAAUUGAAAAAAAAUAA